CCUCGCGGAGCUGGGGUUGAAACAAAGGACACGUCUCCUGUUUGGCCAUACACUGCCCGCUGAUCUGUGGAGUGUCCGAGAUGUCAACUAACGGGAGUAUCGACCGUGGUUAUGCAUGGGUGAUUCUGACCGUCAGCUGGCUACAGGUGGUCAUCGCGGGCAUGUUGUACUAUUCUACCGGCGUCAUCAUAACAGCUGUAUUGGAGGAAAUGGAAGAGGGAGUCGUAAAGACGUCGUGGGUUGGGUCCUCGUUGUUAGGAACUGUGAUGCUGACGGGUCCAAUCACAAGUUCACUUGUAAAUUUGCUGGGUUGUCGCCUCUCGUCCAUCAUUGGAGGAAUAUUGAUUCUGGCCGGCAUGGUUGGCGCCUCUUUCGCCAACUCUAUCAACAUGCUCAUUGCAUCCUAUGGCGUCGUUGUUGGUCUUGGGAUGAGUUUCAUGGAGACAGCAGCCAUUGUAAUCACCGGUCAUUACUUCGUCAAGUAUCGCCCUCUAGCGGCCGGGAUUCAGACGUCCGGUGCAGGGUGGGGAAUGCUGAUUGGCGCACCACUAGUGCGUCUUCUGUUGGACACUUUCGGUUUAAGUGGAAUGUUUCUUAUACUGGGCAGUGUUGGAGCCAAUUCAUGUGUGUGUGGAAUGCUCAUGAGACCAUCGCCAUUCGAAAAUCAGAGAUCAUCAACAAGUGAUAACAUUUUGCAGGAGGAACACAACACAAAUAGGCAAAUAGUAAGCUGCUUUUUCUAUCGAUUCAGGGAGAUUAUAUAUGAAUUUGGACAAAUACUGUCCAACGUUAGUUUCCUUUUGUAUGCCAUAUCCUUCGCAACAUGGGGUUUUGGGGAAUCCGCUUUCCAAAUACAUCUCCCCAAUUAUGUGGAAUCAAAGGGAACAAGCCAACAGAGGUCGGCCAUGUUAUUUACAGCCAUGGGAAUUUCAAGCAUGAUCGCUCGAGUGCUGGGUGGGUUUGCUGCCAAUGAUCCUGCAAUAGACUCACUGAUUCUGCACUUGGGCACAGUCGGUGUUGCUGGUGUGGUCAUCAUGGUGUUUACAUUGUUUUCUGACACUUAUCUACAACAAGUCAUAUUUUCGUGUUUGUAUGGCAUUUAUACUGGAGGACCAAUAGCUUUGUUCAACCCCAUCACCGCAGAUCUAGUUGGAGUGAAACGGCUGGCAACUGGAUAUGGAGUCAAGAAUCUCUUUGUUGGACUAUCGCUACUGCUAGGACCUCCAUUUGCAGGUAUGGUGCUGGACGUCUCAGGGAGCUAUGAUGUCAGCUACUUGUGUUCAGGUGCCUCCCUUGUUGUGGCUAGUCUGUUGUCUAUUCCAAUAGCUGCAUUAAAAAAGACCGAUCAAAUCAAGCAACACACGGAGGCUGAUAUUGAGAUGACAGUGAACCCUGUAUCUAUUGAGGACGAUAAAGAUGAAACUAGCGCCAAAUUAGAGCCCCUUUUAACCCGUCGAUUGGAUUCUGUUGGGGAGAAGAGUGCUGACACUGCAUAACGGGGGGAGCACAUACGAAACAAGUUACUGUGUUGUUCAACAACACUUUAGUUACACCACAGAUGCUGUGAGUCGAUUUGGUCGCCAAUGCAACUGAGCAGGAGACUGGGCUACCGUGUGUAGGGACAGCGUCAAUAAACAUUGAGGCAGUGUCUAUACGCCUUUCUGAACACCGAUGGGUUGGUUACCUGUGAUCUCUGAAAACUUCGAUAAUAAAGAGGCUGCAUGUUAAUUAAUUUCUUCAACCUAAACAAACAGACAAAAAGAACGACGGAAGCUCAUAUUGUGCCGUUACUAAUUUUGGAAAUACCCCUGUGGUUAAAAAGUAAUAUAUAAAAGUAUCCCUGCAGUGAAAGCAUUUUCGGAUUUCGGAUUGCGUGGAUAAUACGAUUGCUACACCCUUGUUGUCAUCCAUGUUUCAUGGUAUAGCCCCACACCUGUGUAUUUUGCCGUCAAUUACUUGACAAGCACAUGGAAUUAUUACAGGUAUAAUUAGUGAUAUUGGUGGUUGGUUGUCCUGGAACCAUGACGCCACAUCCUUCUACCGUCAGUUUGAUAACAUAGUCUGCAAACAUAGGAAUGAGCGGAUCUUCAAGUCAUUCAGCGAGCGUUGGCGAUCUCAUAAGGUCGGACAAGGAGAACAGCAGAGGCUCGACGAAUGAACAGGUUUAUCCUUUGGUUGGUGUUGAAUAACCUGGCGACUAUUAAAAAGAACAUUGUGAAAUCAGUCCCUUAAUAUACAGGGGUAAUCACGAGAACUCUAAGUCAUUUUUAUCAUUGAAACAAGGUGUAACCUCGGACGUACGCCUUUGUAAACAAACUACAAAGACAAGUAGUUAUGUCCAGGUUCGCCCCUAUAUUUGUCAACCAUCAGUAUAUGCAAAAAAGGAAAACAAGACAAAGACCACUUCUUUAAUAAACUAACGUGAUAUAGAUAUAGAGUGGCAAUGUAUUAUGCAUAACUGAUUAUCUAUAGGCAAACAAUGUUUAUUCUAAGUUAAAUUAUGUAUGUUUUUUAAUGUAUUGGUUCCACGUAUAUAUAACAUAUUUACUUAUGCUCAUACUAAUUUAUCUUGAAUAUGUUAGAACGCAGUCCCCGUUCAUCCCCGUGUUGUGUUGGACUUUCAAGUGUAUUCAAAAUACUGCCAGGGCUGGAGUUUGGGGAUUAGCUGUAAUGGGAGCCGGCUUUGAAACAAUCAAGUCGCAGAAUAACAGCAACAUAUGUUAUAUUUGAAAAUGUACGGUAAAUUGUACAGAGUAAUUCUCCGAGGGAUGUAAUAUCUUACUCGGAUACAUACGGUACAGGUUAUACCUGAUGUUUAGUAGAUAUUUGACGAAGAUUAUGUUUCCUAUCAAUACAGACCUCGACAAGACAUUUUAAUAAUCGAAUACGGAAUACUUAAACCCUUACACCUUGCACU